AUUUCCAAUAUGGCGUGCCUGCCUGAACAAGUAGUCACCUGUCUGUCAAUGUAAUUUUAGGGUAUUUUUUUCUUGCUUGUGAGCCAUCACUACGAAAUGUGAAGACUAAUUUGUUUUGCUGAAAAUGGAAAGCAAGCAUAAGGAGCUCCAUGAUAAGGCAACUGAUCUAUACCAAACGCAGCACUAUAAUGAAGCAGCAAAGUUCUACACCAAGGCCCUGGAUGUACUUGUACCUACCGGUAGUAACAAUGAUGGUAGUGGCAAUUUCAAUAAUGGCACCGAGACGGACGAUAACAGAGAUACUCAAAUAUCCUACUUAACAAGCAGAGUAACUUGCUAUCUGAAACUGAAACAACAUGAAAAGGUGAUUGAUGAUUGCGACAAGAUAUUGAUAUUAACAGAUAACAAGAACUGUAAAGCAUUAAUGCGCAAAACCUUAGCUCUUAGUAAAUUAGGCAAAUUUAACGAUGCUCACAAUGUGGCUAAGCUAUGGCGCAAAUUAGAACCUGAGAAUUCACAAGCCUUAAAAGAACUGAAUCGACUCAAAAAGAUACUAGAUGCUUUACAAGAGGAGGGGGCAGACGAGGAUGACGCACACAGUAGUUUAGAGGAGGUAGAAGCCACAGUAGAUGGAUCAAACCACACAACGUUUUCAAAAGGUAACUUAGCGGCAAGUCAACAAACACCAACUGGCAAUGAUGUUAAUGUAAAUAAGAAAAGAAAUAGUAAACCUGCCAAAUGUAUAGAAUUUUAUUACUGUUCUUAUUGUGAUGUGAAAUGUCAAACUGCUGUAGAUCUUCACCUUCAUUGUACUAGUGAAAGUCAUCAGGCUGUUAUAAUGUCAGACGAUGGCAGGGAUUGGAAACAUAGGCCGCCGCCUAGAGGCGUAACUAGUGAAGAGUAUUCUUUAUGUGAUAGAUUUCCUAAAUGUAGAUUUGGUGAACAGUGUACUUCAGCACAUUCAGAAGAUGAAUUAUCAGAAUGGAUUGAAAGGUACAAGUACCGGAAAAUGAAGAUGCAACGAGCAAAAGACAGGCAGCUUCAUGGUAAUAGCUAUGCAGAACAGAUCCUAGAGAAGUGGAUGACUUCUACUACACCUCUCAAUGUG